AUGAACAACCAUCAUAAAAGAAAAGCAAAUGAUGGUGAUGAUGAUGGUGUUAGCGAUGAUGACAAUGUAACAUUCAAUGUUGUCUCUGAUACUCCUUCACAACAUAUAGAAAAGAAGGUUAGGUUCAGAGUUGAAGAGGAGACAUCUAAUAAUAAUAGUGAUAAUAAUAAUAAUAAUAAUAGUAAUAAUAAUAAGAUAUUAGAUGAUGAAUUUGAAAGGAAAAUAUUGGAGCAGAUGAAAAAGGGAGAUGAGAAACAAAAGAGGAGAGAUGCAGAGGAAGCACAGAGAAAGAAGUUGUUCAGGUCGACUCAAGGUCUACGUGAAGCUGGUAAAGAGGUGGUCUCUGAAGAUGGUGUCAUUCGUAAAGUAGAAGGUGAAAUAGAUGAUGAUGACAAUCAAUAUGACAAUGACCAAGACCAAGACAUGAAUGGUAAUGGUGAAAGACAUAUAAGCGAUAAAUUCUCCUCUGGUGUAGCAACUAUACCAAGUGAUUGGAAUAGAUCUUCAUCAAAGACAUCAUCAAAAACAUCAUCAUCAAAGAGAAAUGAAGAUAGUGAUGAUGAUAAUGAUGGAGAGGAGGAUGAUGAAGAUGAAAACGAUAAAGAUAGACAAGAAGUAAAUGGAGAAGUUGAAAUCAUGCCAUUCAAUCUACACGAAGAAAGAGAAAGAGGACGGUUUAAAGAAGAUGGUACCUAUCAACGUGAAGAUCAAGAUCGAGAGGAAGACGCUUGGUUACGUGAAUACGACAAGACCAACAAACUCCCAAAACUAAGUAAAAAGGAAAUAGAAAAGAGUGAGAUGCUUGGCAUGGACGAUGACGACGAAGAUCAAUGGGACAAGGAAGACAAUGACCGAAAGAAACAAUCUAGAUCGGUUGAAGCACGUAUUGCUAAAAAACAAGCACUCACUACUGUUUUGGAUAUAUUGUUGGAUGGAGAAACCGUCACUUCAGCAAUCCGUAGAUUAGGUUCUUCAACCAAGAAACCUAUAAUCAAGAAAAAGAACCAAAACCAAAAACAAACCACCAAUGACACUACUAAGACAGCAAUCGAUGUUGAAAGAGAACAAUUAAAACAAGAAUCAUUUUCAAAAUUAACAACUGCAGUUGAUUAUUUAUUAUCAAAUGGUUUUAUUAAUAUUUAUCAAGACAAAAAAGAAAAUGUACAAAAUUAUUAUAAUAGGGAUUUUGGAGAUACUACAACUACAACUAAUACAACCACUUCAACUACCAAUUCAACACAAAAAUGGGAAUACAAAGGAUUAGAUGGAAAUAUUUAUGGACCAUUUGGAAAUGAUGAAAUGAGAGAAUGGAAAGCAGGUGGAUUCUUUACUGGACAAAAUGUUAUUUGUCGUAUAGUAGGUGCCCCAGAAACUACUUUUAAAUUAAUAGAUGAUAUUCAAUUUUAA